AUGGCGGGAACCCUUGUUCCUCCGUGGUACGAGGAGCAUCCUCCUUCGGUCAACGAUAUGAAUAUCGCCAGCAUGUUUUGGGGGUUCACGCUUGGAGUCGGGCUAUGGAGCGGGGUCAAAGGAUACCGACAGACUCUGGCGAGUUGGAGAAGGAUACACCGGAUCAACACGUAUGUGUGGUUUAUAUGGUCCGAAUGGAUUGCGAGUAUGGUUAUUGGCAUCAUAUCUUGGUGCUACCUGACGGGCAGGAUUGACGCAAGCUUCGAAUACUUCUUCUUCCUUCUUGUUCUGUGGUCUAUCCAAGUCCAAUGUCUGAUGCAAAUUAUCAUCAACCGUAUCGCGAUUCUGAUACCGAUUCAGUCGCAUGCAAGCCGGCUUAAGUGGGGCGUCUUUGGGAUCCUGCUCGCGGUUAACAUCAGCGUUUUCUGCAUAUGGAUCCCUGCGCGUCUUCAAAUCAAUCACACAUACAUCCAUGUCAACGAGAUAUGGGACAGGAUCGAGAAGGCGAUUUUCUUGAUUGUCGACGCAAGCCUCAACCUCGCCUUUAUCUAUCUCGUCAAGUCACGCUUGAUUGCCAGCGGCCUGACAAAGUAUACGAGGCUAUUUAACUUCAAUCUUCUCAUGAUUGCGGUGUCGAUGUCACUCGACUGGUUACAGGUCAUCUUGAUAGGCUUAAUGUCUCUUCCCAAUACUCUUAUCUACGCACAAUUUCACCCCCUCGCCUAUCUCUUGAAACUACACAUCGAGAUGGGUAUGGCCGAUCUUAUUGCCAAAGUAGUCCGCGAGUCGCAUUCAAUGAACGCGCACCUUGAAUCCAGAAGAGACAGCAACGAAGGCGCUCCCAAUCCUAACCAAAAGAAAUCGAUAUCAAGAUCAACGGAGUCACGAUCCAGGAGGUUCUCCAUGCCAUAUCUUGGCAAUCGAUUCGUCCUAUCUUCACAAGAGACAGCAUCGAAGAGGAAUUCAGGAGAAGAUACCCAUGACCCCGGCCAGCAGGAAAGCUCAGGGUCAGGACGAAUAGUGCAAACAGAAACUCCCAGGCGGCCGCGAGCCAUGUCUCGUCGUCUGACAGCACCAAUCGGUUUGUCUUCGCUUGAGAUUGCUCGGCACUCGAGCUCAAGUCAGCCAGACUCUGGUAGUACUAUUGUGGACCACGAAGCGACGGAGUAUGUUUGA